CUUGGAAACUGAUCUUGGUCCUGUCAAGAGGAGCGAUGGUUGUCUUGGCCAGAGCUCCGGCGAGGGCCCCAGCACACAGGGAGACGGGGACAGAAGGAGCCACGUCCGAGGCGGCCAUUGGUAGGUGUCGUCUCCACGUCACCUCGAUUCUAGAGACUUGUGAGAAUGAAGACUACAUGGAAAUCCUCACACGACGAAGUGCAAAUGUGGAUGUCCGGCUCUCGGCUGGGGCUUCUAUGUUUCGCGCCAUGUUCGCGGGAAAUACGUUGCCAUGACCCUUAUCUGGGGUCUAGGUACAUUGUUCCAAUAAAGGCGCACCACCCGUGGCGGGCUUUUCAAGCCGCCAGAGCAACCAUGGAGGAAGGUGGUUCCAUUGCCUUCAGUGUGCAGGGAGCAGAGGAGGAAGUCUCAGACGAUGAGGAGGAGGAGCGACAGAGAAAGGAAGAGCUGCAUCAGCUGCUUACAGAACAACUGCAAGACGAUCUCCUUGACGACUCUGUCUCCACGGUGACCACGGAGGAUGGUGCAGCGGAUUCCACCCUACUGGGUGAGGAAAUGGGCGUGGCUCUGGAUCAUGUGAUCUCCCCCAACAAGUCAUGUGACCUUACUCCCAUCACGACUGAAUACAAAGCCAGUGGGGAAGAGCACGAUGGACUCUCUGCUGAGUCUUCAUUAUUAGAAGACCAGAGUGGGCGUGAUCUAGGUGGGUGUGGUCUGAGUGGGUGUGGUCAGCCGGAGGUUUCUGAUGUAUUUAGUGGAACAGCACAAGCUUACUCCCUCAUCAACUCUAUCUCUGAAACUCGCAUUCCUGCUGCACUCCGGACAGGCCACACCCACCAGGAAAUGACGUCAUCAUCUGAUGGGCAUGGUCAGCUGGAGGUGUUGUAUGGUGCGAGAUGUCGGCAGGUGGGAGAGCUGACUCAGCAGUUGCAGGAGUCUCGUGGCGAGAGAGAGAAGAUGGAGCGAAUACUGCGACACGAGAAGAGGGAGGUGGAGGAGAGGUGGAGGGCCGAAAAGGAGGAGCUGGUGUCAGAAGUUGAGCGUGUGUCUCAGCAACUGAGAGAAACUUCAGCUGCUCUGACGGCUGCUAGAGCUGAGAGGGAAGAGGUCUGCGCUAUGCUCCACCCACCUACAGAUAGUGGGCCAGGGGAUGUUGCUAGGCGACUGAUUGAGGUGUCGGCAGAGAAAGAAGAUGUGCAAUAUCAGCUGUCUUGUUGCCAGGGGCAACUGGAGACUCAGACUAGAAAAUCAGAGUCUGCAGAGGAGGAGCUGUUGAGAGUGUCGAGUCAGCUGUUGUCAUUGGAACCGGAGGUGGAGAGACUGGGGUCAGAGGUCGAGAGACUGGAGAGGGAGGGAGAGAGGGAAAGAGAGGGCCUCGCUGCUGAGAAAAGAGAGGCUUUGGAAAAGUGCAGGGCAGCAUGUCUACAGCUCCACGAAGAUGCCACAGAGAGACUGAGGGAGGCCAUGGCUGCAGAGAAAGACACUCUCUUCUUGAAGCACAGACAACAGCUGACAGCUCUCCAGACGCAGUUGUCUAGUGUUCAAGAGGAAUAUGUGAAGGUGUGUGGAGAGAAAGACAGAAUGGAGGCUGAGUAUAAGAACAACAUGGAGCAGGCUCAAAAAGAGUGGCAGGCCAGAACGGAACAGUUACUUCAGUCCUCCAGAGCAAAGAAAGAGAAAAUGGAGAGGGUGAGGGAGGGAGAUGAAGUGAGACAAGCAGUAGAGAAAGCAAGAGAGGAGUGGAGGCAGACACUGGCUCAAGAGAGCAGGCAAAGUGUGGAGAAAGCUCUGUGCUCCACCAGACAGCAGUGGCAAGCCAGGUUGGCUGCGGAGAAGGAAGCGGUGAGGAGAGAGGUAGAGAAAGAGAGAGAGGAGGCAGUGAGAGCUGCAGUUGACGCUGCUCGCACUCGGUGGCAGACACACUCUCUUCAGGUUGCGGUAGAGGAGGCUAAGAAGCAGAAGGAGCCAGUGUUGACAGCUGCCCAGGUCCACUCCAUGAUCCAGACCACGGUAGCUGCUGUCAAGAAAGAUGUUCGGCAAAUGUUGGAGGAGGUGGUGAGGGUGGGGAGGGAGAGGCAGCAGCAAGCUGUGGCCCAAUGCCGACUGGCAACUGCCCAGGAAAUGAAGGCACAUUACCUCAGCUGCCUACACGUGAUGGUCAACUCUCACCCAUCCUCAGGGCCUUCAAGUUCUGGUGAACCAAAAGUCACUACCGCUGGUGAAGAUGUCAGUGGCAGCAGAGUACAUCGUCAUGGUAACACUGGCCAUAGGAGCUCACAGACUGGGGUGGUGGGCAAUAAUAAGAACAAGAGAGUGGCUGGAUCUGUUAGAGGUGGCCGAGGGGGAGGGAAGCGAGUGGGCGGAGGAAUGCAAGGUCAGAGGUCUUGGAAAUGA